UCUUUUAGUCUCCAUCUUUUUUUCACAACCGCGUCUCUCUUCUUUCUCUCUCUCUUUUUUUUUUUCUCUCUCUAGUUUUGUUUCUCUCUCCUAGGGUUUCGAAGCCGCCGUUUUUGGGGGUUUCCUCUGUCUUUCGAUCGGUGACUGAUUACUCUCUGUCACUUUCUCUCUCCUCAAUUUUCUUGCAAUCUCUGAUAUAUUAUGGUGAUGGAAAUCACCCAAUUACUUUUGAAUGCUCAAUCAGUUGACGGGCAAGUCCGGAAGCUUGCUGAAGAUAACCUUAAACAAUUUCAGGAUCAGAACCUCCCAAGUUUUCUGCUUUCGCUUGCUGGAGAGCUAGCCAAUGAAGAGAAGCCAGCUGACUCGCGAAAAUUAGCAGGUCUUAUUCUUAAAAAUGAAUUAGACGCUAAGGAACAACCUAGAAAGUUUGAGCUUGUACAGAAAUGGGUGUCUUUAGAUGUGGGAUUGAAGAACCAAAUUAAGGCAUUCUUGUUACAGUCCUUGUCUUCUCCUGUUCAUGAUGCCCGCUCAACUGCAUCUCAGGUUGUUGCUAAGGUUGCUGGUAUUGAGUUGCCCCAAAAACAAUGGCCAGAGCUGAUAGGAGCACUGUUAGGAAACAUUCACCAACUUCCACCUCAUGUCAAACAAGCAACUUUGGAGACCCUUGGGUAUUUGUGUGAGGAGGUCUCUCCUGAUGUGGUAGAGCAGGAUCAUGUGAAUAAAAUCCUCACAGCCGUUGUUCAAGGUAUGAAUGCAAAUGAAACAAACAAUGAAGUUAGGCUUGCUGCUACGCAUGCAUUAUAUAAUGCUUUGGGCUUUGCUCAGGCUAAUUUUAAUAAUGAUAUGGAGAGAGAUUAUAUCAUGAGAGUUGUCUGUGAGGCGACAUUGUCACCUGAUGUGAAGAUUCGACAGGCAGCUUUUGAAUGUUUGGUUGCUAUUUCUUCCACAUAUUAUGAGAAGCUGGCUCCUUACAUUCAAGACAUAUUUAAUAUUACAGCAAAGGCAGUGAGGGAAGAUGAAGAGCCAGUUGCUCUUCAAGCUGUUGAGUUUUGGAGUUCUAUAUGUGAUGAGGAAAUUGAUAUUCUUGAAGAAUAUGGAGGUGAUUUCACGGGUGACUCUGAAAUUCCUUGCUUUUAUUUUAUCAAGCAGGCUCUCCCUGCUUUGGUCCCCAUGUUGCUGGAGACACUUCUCAAGCAAGAAGAUGAGCAAGAUCAAGAUGAGGGAGCUUGGAAUAUUGCUAUGGCUGGGGGAACUUGCCUUGGGCUUGUUGCAAGAACAGUUGGAGAUGAUAUCGUGCCUCUUGUGAUGCCGUUUAUUGAGGAGAACAUCACGAAGCCUGAUUGGAGGCAACGAGAGGCUGCCACCUAUGCCUUUGGAUCAAUUUUGGAGGGUCCAUCCCCUGACAAGUUGACUGCAAUUGUCAAUGUUGCUUUGAACUUCAUGCUCACUGCAUUGACAAAAGAUCCUAACAGCCAUGUUAAGGACACAACAGCGUGGACUCUUGGACGUAUUUUUGAAUUUCUUCAUGGAUCAGCGGUGGAAACUCCAAUUAUCACGCAUGCAAAUUGCCAGCAGAUUCUUACGGUUUUAUUGCAAGCCAUGAAGGACACUCCUAAUGUUGCUGAAAAAGCCUGUGGUGCUCUCUAUUUCUUGGCCCAAGGUUAUGAGGAUAUUGGUUCGUCUUCACCCUUGACUCCUUACUUCCAGGAGAUUGUUCAGUCCCUUCUUACUGUUACCCACAGAGAAGAUGCAGGGGAAGCACGAUUGCGGACUGCUGCUUAUGAAACUCUAAACGAAGUAGUAAGGUGCUCAACUGACGAAACUGCUCCCUUGGUUUCGCAACUAGUUCCUGUAAUUAUGAUGGAGCUUCAUAAAACACUUGAAUCACACAACCUUUCACCUGAUGGGAAACAGGGAGAACUGCAAGGUCUUUUGUGCGGUUGUCUUCAGGUUAUUAUUCAGAAGCUUGGGGCAGCAGAACAAACAAGAGCUAUGCUUUUGCCGUACGCUGAUCAAAUCAUGCAACUAUUCUUAGGAGUGUUUGCUUGUAGAAGUGCCACAGUACAUGAAGAGGCCAUGCUAGGAAUUGGUGCUCUUGCCUAUGCCACGGGUCCUGAAUUUGCCAAAUACAUGAAUCAGUUCUACAAGUACUUGGAAAUGGGUCUUCAAAACUUUGAAGAAUACCAAGUUUGUGCUGUCACUGUUGGUGUGGUGGGAGAUUUAUGCAGGGCGAUGGAAGAUAAGAUUCUGCCUUAUUGUGAUGGGAUUAUGACACAACUCCUUAAGGACUUGUCAAGCAAUCAACUUCAUCGCUCAGUGAAGCCUCCUAUUUUCUCAUGCUUUGGGGACAUAGCUCUUGCAAUAGGAGAGAAUUUUGAGAAAUAUUUGAUGUAUGCCAUGCCAAUGCUUCAGAGUGCAGCAGACUUGUCUGCUCACACAGCUGGUGCUGAUGAUGAGAUGCUCGAGUACACUAAUCUUUUGCGGAAUGGAAUUUUGGAAGCUUAUUCUGGAAUCCUUCAAGGAUUUAAAAACACUUUGAGAACCCAACUUCUGCUACCUCAUGCACGUCAUAUUCUUUCCUUCAUAGAUAGCAUAUACCAGGAGAAAGAUAUGGAUGAUGCUGUUAUGAAGACUGCCAUCGGAGUGCUUGGUGACCUUGCAGACACACUUGCAACUAGUGCAGGCCCCUUAAUCCAGCAGUUUCCAUCAUGCAGGGACUUGCUUAAUGAAUGUUUGUCGUCUGAUGAUCAUUCAAUUAAGCAAUCUGCUGAAUGGGCCAAGUUGGCUGUUAGUCGAGUGAUAUCCAUUUGAGGCUUGGUCUCCUGUUUGGUAUAUUCUUUUACUUUUAGAAGUCCCUGCAUGCAUUGGGUGUGUCGAGUUGGGUCCGGGGGUUCGGGGUUGCAUACACAAGUGUCGGGUCGUCACCAGUCAGACAACUGAAGCUGUCAGCCUUCAUGUUGUCGCUAACUCUUGCAUCAGCAUCAUGGGUCGGUCAGGUCAUUUUGCUCUGGUCAUUAAGGAGGUGGUGGAUAGUCGGAAACAUUUCAGGGGCCUCCGCUUGAAAGUUUUAACCAAUCAAGCUUAGUGCCGAAGGAUGAAUUUGGGAGAGACAGGUAUGUCUUUUGAGUCUGAAAUGUCAAAACUGAUCAAAAAUCAUGCCGAAAGGGUGGUUGCCUGAUUUCCGGUCCAUGGUCCCCUCUACUAAUUUUGAAAAGGGAUAUUCCCUUGUUUGCCCUGGUGGUUCCUAUCGUCUCCAAAUGGUACAAUGUUAAUCUGGAAGUCGAUGAUGAUUACAGCAGAGGGUCAAUGCAGGUUCAAAUGACCACCAGUGGUUUAACAAUAGAAUUUCCUCCCCCCUUCACCAAGUAUUAUUUUAUUAUAAUUUUUUUCCUUCCCCCCCAUUUUUCAUUUUCUUCAUAUUUGGUCUUUUAAUUUUUGGUUUCCCCCCCUUUUCGAGUCCUGCAUUGUUUGUAGUCCAUCAGUUCAGCCAACAGUUGUGUUGCAUUUGCGUCUCAUCAUAUUUUGCCCUUUUUUUUGUAUACUCUUCAUGUGGUCUUUUUGAUCACCCACAUACGAUGAAAGCAUCACAUUAUUAUUAUUA